UAGACGAUGAUGAUAGAAGCCCUCAAAGGUUCGGGAAUGAAACAGAAAAGUCGUGGUGAUGCAGACAAGGUUGCUGUACUUACUGCAUGGCAUAGAGUUGAUUGUAGAACUAGAGAAGCUUUCCGUCGUAGCUUUCUUCCAGAAUUGAUAAGUGGAUAUGAGGAGUGCAUCCGGGACUUUGUGAAGGAGACUGGAGAUGGUGGUGUUCUUGAGUUAAAUGUUCAAGAUCCUUUCCGCCGGUUGUUGCUGCAUGGUGUUUGUGAGUUCUACAACUUGGUGUCAGUAACAGUGACGCAAUCAAAGGGAACAGAGACAUUGAAAAUGACCAGAAUAAGGAAGAAGAAGGCCGGUGAUUUUGAGCUUCCCAACAUGGUCACUCUCUUUUACUCAGAGCUGAUUGGUCCCUUUUCUGCUGGUUUUGCUGUGUGCUGUUACCUUGUCAAAACAUUCUCUGUUAACAAUAGACUGACUAACUGGGAAAAUAAUGCACGGCUAGCUGUUGAUAUUAUAGUUUCUCUGUUUCUUUUACAAGUGAGGGGAGUCAGGACUGGUUGUUAUAUGUGGUUGAAUGAAAGUAAAUUGCCAAGACAUUAUCAAUUUUCCGUGUACAGCAUUGAGCAUACUGGUUCUGCGUUGGCGCAUUCCUUGUUCAGGGGCGGCGGUUCAUAG